ACUGUUCAUUGACGCUUUUUGGUGGGAAGUUGGAGUAAAAUUUUGGUAGAAAUUAAAAUUUUCUUUAUCACACCUGAUAAGAGAAGGAACAAAAAAUUGAGGGGAGGAACUUAUUGCAAUCAGAAACGUAGUUUUUCCAAGAAAUCUAUGGCCUGUCUUGUAGUUAACUGAGAGUUUGUUGACUUCAACUGCUCCAAAUUGCUUUCCGAAGAAUUUAAGAAAAAUAAAACGAAUGUGCAAGAAUAUCAAAAAUGUUUUAAAAAUGCACGUGUCGCUUGAAUUCAGGAGCCGGAAAAGUCUGUUCCGGGGAGCCAGCACUAUCGUACAAUUUGAGGAGUCAAUGUGGUGCGAGAGAAGUGGGAGGAAGAUUGGUAUCUUGAACGUGCUCAUCGGCACUGCAGACACAAGAAAUUACCCGAGCAAUUAGUGUCGUGGUGGUGUGGGACAUGAAAAAUGUUUUAGAGUCCUGAUAAAAAAAUCUUCCGUUCAGGUGGUUUUGUCUUAAAUGGGAUAAUUGAGGGGAAAUCUCAUUCAUUUGACUCUCAGUCGUUGUUUUGGUAGCACGCACGGUGGUCUCCCUGGAAUAUAGACAAAAACACUUUCAACUUGCAAUGAAAAAUUUUUUCUUCAGUUUACUGGUUCUGGUGUCCCUCAAAGUAGCUUACACUGUUUCUUUCACCUUGCCACGUGUUGGAGAUGCCUGCAGAGAUUCACCCGAUGGAACGACAUACCCCAAUCCACAGCGAUGUGGAACCUUCCUGAUAUGUCAAGAUGGCUUCGCAAUUCCAUCAAGUUGCUCUCAUGGACUCUACAAUCCUCAAUUGGAUAUUUGUGAUUCAGAAUUUACGUGUCGAUCUGAAGCGGAUAAUGAUGAAGAUGAAGGUGUAGCAGGUGAAGAAAGUGAAGGUGUUGUAGCUGAUGAUGAUGACGAUGAUGUGUUAGAAGAAAUUGAAAGUGUGCAAGUUACGGAAGAAGUGAACAGUGAUGUUACUGAUGUGCCUGAAGAAAUUGAUGAAGAUGUUACCGAAAGUGCAACAACAAGUGAAGGGAAUAAUGAAUCAACAGUUGAUGAAGUGACUGAAGAUGUAACAGACGCCGCUACGGAAGAAACAAAUACAGGAAACACAGAAGAUACAACUGAAGGUAACACCGAUAGCACAGAUGAAGAAGCAACAGAAGCAGUCACAGAAGAAGCAACGUCAGAGUCAGAAGAUCAAACCACAGACGAUGCUACAACACAACAACCAGACGACAGUACAACAGCAAGCACUGCUACAGAAACGACUGAAGAUGAAAAUGAAACUUCGACAACAGACUCAGCGGAGACAGUAACCACGUCGUCUCCUACUGAAGAUCUUACCGAACAAACCGACGAUGAAACGCAAAGUAAUCAAACGACAACAGAUAUUGAAUUAACAACUGAACAAGAUGCAACCACACUUGACGACACAACGGCUGAUAGUGAAGAUACAGAUGAACCAAACACGGAAACAACAUCCGAAGAUGGUGAAACAACGGCUGAUGGUGCAGAAACUGAAGAGGCAGUUACAGAAGAAGAAACAGCAACAACGGAAACAGCAGAAGUUGAUGAAACAACACCAGAAGAUGAAGAAACAGAUGAAACAACACCAGAAAAUCAAGAGACAGAUGAAACAACCACAGAGGGCGAAGAAACAGACACAGAAACAACGGAAGAAGUUGAAUCUACAAGUGAGGAUGCUGAGGACACUACUGAAGCUCCCACAACAACAACAACAACAACGACAACACAAGUACCGACAACUGUUGUUCCAGGAGAAGUCACAUGCCCAAUUAAGGAUCCAGCUUCACUUAUGUUCCUUCCCAGUCCAGUUGAUUGUGGCAGAUACUUCCUCUGCUACCAUAGUCGACCUGUGCAAAUGGAAUGCCUGCACGGGAUGCACUGGAAUCAGGAGAAGAAGGUUUGCGAUUGGCCUGAAAAUGUGAAUUGUGCCAUUGAAAAUGAAUCCAUACCAGAUGCCAACAAUUCCCCCAAAUGCCAGAGAUCACGUGGGCACUACAUAAUGGCUCAUCCGUCCGAAUGUGAUCUCUACAUCUUCUGCAAUGAUGGCGAAGCUGCCAUUCAGCAGUGUGAGGCCUUCCACCAUUGGGACGUCAAUGAGGAGAGGUGCGUGAUAAAAGAUCGAGCCACGUGUAUUCUCGACCUGGAGGAGUAACUGCAAGGGGAUUCCCGUCUACAUUGUCAUCAGUUCAAAUUCCCUUAAAGUGAUAUUAAAGUGGACGCAGUAAUGGUUGCAUAAAUGUUUAAUAGAAACUUUCUCAAUAAAUUCGUAAUAAUAAAACAAUUUUACUAUUAAUUUCCCAAAAAAAA